AUGUGGAAGGAUCUGAGAGCACCCGCAGUCAAGUUGAAGAAGUUCAUCGAGGAGUUCGAACAGAAUGGCGAGCUCAAGUACAUGCAGCAGUUGCAAAAGGUUGCAAACCGCUCCAGGAGAGUUGUGGAGAUCUCGCUCGACGACCUGGAGGACAUGGACGAAGAUCUUUCCAGCUCCCUGCGCAUGAACACCAGGAGGUACCUCUCGCUGCUGGGACAGGCCAUCGACCAGUGCAUGCCAGAGCCCGAUGGACAGAGAAUGCAAGUGAGGAACGGGCAGGAGGAGGCGCAGCGGGCCCAGGAGACGGAGAUUCCCCUCGAGCUGAAACGGCGCUACGAGAUCCGCUUGCUCCCCGGGUCCAAGGACAAGUUCAUGUCGUUGAGGACUGUCAAAGCGAACCACAUCGGGCAGCUCGUCUCGAUCAGAGCCAUGGUUGCUCGAUGCUCCGACGUCAAGCCGCUAGCCAAGGUUGUGACGUACACGUGCGAGGAGUGCGGGUGGGAGGCCUAUCAGGAGGUGACGGGAAGAUCGUUCUACCCGCUGGACAAGUGCAAGAGCCCGCAAUGCCAGCAGUUCAACAGCAACAGCAAGCUCCUCAUGCAGACAAGGGGAUCGAAGUUCGUCAAGUUCCAGGAGAUCAAGAUCCAAGAGCUUCCUGAUCAAGUUCCAACCGGACACAUUCCUCGCAUGAUGACCGUCCACCUCACCGGAGAGAGCACCAGAAGCUGCUCCCCUGGUGAUGAAGUUCAGAUCUCGGGAAUUUUCCUUCCCAUCCCCUACACGGGAUACCGAGCGAUCAAGGCAGGACUGACUGCGGACACCUUCCUGGAGGCCACGAGUGUCUCUAGGAUCAAGCAGAGAUAUCAAGACUAUGAGUUCACACAGGAGAUGCAAGAUCAGAUUCUGCUUCACUCUCAAGAGAGCGGCACCUACACCAAGCUGGCCAACAGCAUCGCCCCUGAGAUCUUUGGGCAUGAGGAUGUGAAGAAGACUCUCCUCCUGCAGCUCGUUAGCGGCUGCCAUCGCAACCUCGCCGACGGGCUUCAGAUCCGUGGAGACGUUCACGUUUGUCUCAUGGGAGACCCUGGAGUAGCCAAGAGUCAGUUGCUCAAGCACGUUGCCAAGCUCACGCCCCGCGGGGUCUACACGACUGGCAAGGGAAGCUCAGGGGUUGGUCUGACGGCCUCAGUCACGAAGGAUGCAUUCACAGGAGAGCUCAUGCUGGAGGGAGGAGCUCUCGUGAUCGCAGAUCAGGGAAUCUGCUGCAUCGAUGAGUUCGACAAGAUGGAGGAGACGGACAGGACCUCCGUCCUCGCUGCCGCCAACCCUGCCUACGGCCGCUACAACCCUCGGCGAUCACCCUCGGAGAACAUCAACCUUCCUCCUGCGCUCCUGUCAAGGUUCGAUAUCCUCUUCCUCCUCAUGGACAAGAUCAAUGCCGACACCGACUUCAACCUCGCCCGCCACGUCUGCCACGUCCAUCGCUUCGCUGCCGCCCCGCAGGUUGACCUCGACGAAGUCUUCGACUCUCAGUUCCUGCGCGCCUACAUCGCUCAGGCUCGAUCGGUCGACCCCUACAUCCCCGCCGAGCUCUCCGAGUACAUCACGGGCGCCUACGUCUCCAUGAGGACCGACGAGGAGCAGUCAGACAGCAGAAGAUACUUCUUCACCACUGCUCGUACACUCCUCUCCAUCCUCCGCCUCUCGCAGGGACUUGCGCGGUUGCGGUUCUCCAAGGAAGUGGAGCAGGCGGACAUUGACGAGGCCAUUCGUCUCAUGUACGAGAGCAAGAAGUCGCUCUACGAGGAGGUCGAGGGAGGUCACAGAGCCUACGAUCCCAUCUCCACCAUCUUCGACAUGGCCAAAAACUUGGCGCUCGCAGCUGGGGAGGGCAACUCGAUCCGCGUUGCAGACCUUGAGAGCCGUGCGGUGAUGAAAGGCUUCACUCGCUCGCAGCUGCUGGACUGUAUCAAGAGCUACGAGGAGCUCAACGUCUGGCAGACGGAGGCCAAUGGCAGUCUCAUCAGGUUUGUCGACGUGGGAGACGCGUGAAGGGAGAGGGCCGAACCAUCCAUUGCCCGCGUGCAUGGCGUGUAAAAUACGAGUUCAAGAUUCAAAUUCAAACCUGGAUAACGGCACCUUGCUUUCAGUCUUUUGUUGUGGGGGAAAAAAAAUGGAAACUUUUGUUGUGGGAAAAAAAAAUUGGAUUUUCGUCUCG